AUUCAACAGCUCCGCAAUUUCCGGUCCGGUCCACCAUCAUAAUCGUAGUUGUUCCAAACUUCCAAGUUCCCCAUUUCCCCACACACAUUCUCUCUCUCUCUCUCUCUCUCUUCUGCGACUCAGGAGCUGAUCUUUCUCUUCGAAUCAGAAGGCAAUUGGAGAGCUUUUUGAUUCAUUUCUAUGGCGGAUGAAGAACUCGUUGAUCAGAAGAAGUAUCUUGAGGAGUCUUGCCAGCCUAAAUGUGUGAAGCCUCUGAUUGAAUAUCAGGCAUGUGUUAAGAGGGUUGAAGCUGAUAACAAUGGCGAGAAGCAUUGUACAGGCCAAUACUUUGAUUACAUAUCUUGUGUUGACAAAUGUGUUGCGCCGAAGUUAUUUGGAGCACUCAAGUAGCUGAGUGGCGGUUUUAGGGUCUCGCAUCCAUUAAUCGUUACUGUUUUACGGUGGAUAUUGUUUUUGAACUCGUGCUCUGAUGUUCGUUGUUAUUGGUUUCAGCGACAUGGUUAAGAUGUUGAGAGGUGUUGAAUUAGAAUAAAAAGAAAAGGGUUUUUAACUCGAAGGUUCUCAAACUUAUACCCGAGUUGUAUUUUGAUUCCUCAACUAAAUUAUUUAUUCAAAUAGUCCACAAACUCUUUAUUA